GCAAAGACAGUCAACCCAGCUCACAGCUCCAGAAACAAUCCCAGUGGAAAGAAGCCACGGAUUCAAAAAAAAAAGGUCCUUCAAUGGGAGAUGCCACUCUAAGGAGGAGAAUCAAACCCUGGGAAUUUGAAACUUUCUUUAACCCUCAAGAACUCCGUAAGGAGACAUGUCUACUCUAUGAAAUCAAGUGGGGUGCAAGUCACAAUAUCUGGAGAAACUCAAAUCAAAACACAACUCAACAUGCUGAAAUCAACUUCAUGGAAAAAUUCACUUCAGAAAGAGAUUUUAAACCAUCUGUUAAAUGCUCCAUUACCUGGUUCCUCUCCUGGAGCCCUUGUUGGAGGUGUUCCAAGGCCAUUAAAGAGUUUUUAAAUCAAUGCCCCAAUGUGACCCUGGUCAUUUUUGUAUCUCGGCUUUACUGGCACAUGGAACAACAAAAUCGUCAAGAACUCCAGGAACUUGUCUGCUCUGGUGUGACUAUCCAAAUUAUGAACUACUCAGAGUAUCGUCACUGUUGGAGAAAUUUUGUUGACUAUCUACCUGGGGAAGAAGACCACUGGCCUAAAUAUCCCACUCUUUGGAUUAUGUUAUAUGUCCUGGAGCUCCACUGCAUAAUUUUAGGGCUUCCACCAUGUUUAAAGAUUUCAGUGCGUCAUUCUGCUCAGCUUGUGCUCUUCAGUCUUGAUUUGAAAGAUUGCCAUUAUCAAAAGAUUCCAUACCAUGUUCUUAUAGCCACAGGAAUAAUCCGGCCAUUUGUAACCUAGAGGUUAUUUAUACCUUCUGAAUCCAAUUCUCCCUGUGCAACAAGAGAACUGUUCAGUUCUGCACACAUAUAUUGUAUCUAGGAUAUACUGUAACCUAUUCAACAUGUAAAGGACUGCUUGCCACAUCUGGGGGAGGGGGUUGGAGGG